UCGAGCUGCGGCCGUUGAUCGAUUUGUACGUCAGUUAACGUUCCGUAGUUUGCCACGUUGUUGUCACUGUGUUUGCUCAACAAUUUCGAUCACGCAGUCGCGAACUUCGAAAGUUAUAUACGUAUCCGUCAAAUAAUUGUAUCUAUCGGCAAUUAUCUCGUGGCUGUGAAAUUUUGUCGGCGGUGGGUUAUGUUUUCCGUGAAGAGGAAAAAGAAAAAUGUCUUGAAACGGUGCUAAAACACGGCUACGAAAUUCCUUUGAGACUGAAGAACAAUUUUAUAAAAAUAUGUACGUGGAAAAAGAGCUAGUGACAACGUAUAAUUCAUCGCGAACACCGAAACAGUAUCGAAUGACAACAGAAUUGCUGACUGCAUCAAAAAAUUGAAUUUCUUUUUUUCCUGCAACUGGCACAUAUGCUUAAUUAGUGAAGUCGUUGCGUAAGAGUUUUGGGGAACAUUAAGUAUAAGGAAAUAAAAGUCUUUUACGCUAUUGUGCUGCCUGUACCACUACGUGUCUUCAAAUAUAAGAGCCUAAAAGUGUUCCUAAAACAAGACAAACAACGGAGAAGAGACGGGAAAAUACACAUGAAGGUCGAUUGACCUGUGUGGAUCCACUGCUGGUGAAUGACAACGGAAUCAAAAUGUUGAGUCAACGAUUGAGCAAUAGAAGAUUAAUAGUGGACCUGCUCGCGCUAUUGUUUGGUCUUGGUGCAUGGGUUGGAAUAAAUGGUAUAUAUGUUCAACUACCUCUUCUAGUAAACAAUUCUCCAGAGGGAUGGAGUCUUCCAGCAUAUAUGGUCAUGCUAGUACAAUUCGCCAACUUGGGACCAAUACUUUACACGAUGUAUAUAAAGUACAGUCCGUGGGUAUGUGAUAAAUACAUUACGUACUCACUUCUAGCAGCUGCAUCAUUGGCUACAUUUAUAUUAGCAUUUGUAUAUCAAAAAACCUCUGUAGUAUUUGGCAAUGAGCAUUCAACUGCUCUUUUGUCCCUAAUGUUUGUAACAGCCGCCGUUGGAUGUACAAGUUCAGUUCUUUUCAUGCCUUACAUGAGGAACUAUAGAGAAAUUUAUUUAGUAUCGUAUCUCGUAGGAGAAGGGCUCAGUGGAUUUGUGCCAAGCGUAGUAGCAUUAGUCCAAGGGGUUGGUGGAAAUCCAGAGUGCUUGAAUACUACUAAACCUGACUCAAACACUAUAGAAUUCACACCUUAUUAUCCAGAGCCCAGGUUCACGUGUAAAAUAUUCUUCAUUUUCAUCGGUGCCUUAUUGUUCUUGUCUUAUUUAGCUUUCUUAGGAUUAAAUAAUCUAUCUGUUGCUAUUAGAGAACGCGUGAAACAUCCAGGGAGUAUGGAAACAUUGCCCACAGACACAAAAGCACCACCAAGUUAUAAAACUAACUCUGGUUGGGCAAUGUCCAAGCAAGUGUAUACAUAUUUAUUAAUUAUGAUGGCAAUUGUUUCUUUCCUAGGUAAUGGUACAUUACCGAGUCUUCAGUCGUAUUCCUGUUUACCAUAUGGGAAUAUCGCAUAUCAUUUAACUGUUACACUGUCGUCAAUGGCUGGCCCACUAGCGAUGUGUUUAGGUUUUGUUAUUAAAGUACCAAAAAUAAGUUUUCUCACUGUCCUCCUCGUAAUUGUUACGGUACUCUCGGCUUUCGUUUGCGUUUUGGCUGCGAAAUCGCCUACUCCGCCUUUACAAAACACAUGGGUAGGAGAACUGCUAGUAGUUUUGUCGUGGAUAUUAAUUAGCGGUCUAAUAGGAUUUAUAAAAUUAGGUAUUACGACAUUGUUUAGACCCGAUCCCGGCAGGGGUCUAUAUUACACUGGUGUCGCAACUCAAGUUGGGUCAUUAAUUGGAGCAAUAGUCACUUUCGUUUUGGUUAAUCAUGCAAAAGUAUUUCAUUCUUAUUCUCCGUGUUCGAUGCAUACAGGACAAUAACAUUUCACAUAGAAUACAAAAUAGUCCAAUUGAAAAAAGUAUAUAAAAUUUUAACGUAUACAAAACAUUUUAGUUCCUAUGAGUAAUGACUAUUGUUUGAAAAAAGAGAGGAUAUAAUUACUACUUGUUCCAGUAAUGUGGAUAAAUUUAGAGAAUGUAAACUUUCACGACUAAGGCUGAUCCCUACUAGCAGAUUUACACAAAUAGGAAUCAGUUUAGUUUUUAUCAAUUUAUUUUAAUUGACAAGCUAAAUCAUAUAUAAUAGUUAAAAGUCCAUGUACAUUAUUAGUAUUAAAAGUACUUAUACCGUGAUACAUCAGGGAAAAAGAUAACGUGUAAAUCUGUAAGAAAAAACAAUUGUUUGACUAGACUUAAGUAAGACAUAAUGCAUUUUUACUUAAAUUUUGUAUACGUAUUUCAAAGAAUUUGGACUUGGCAUAGGUGAACGAAUGUACUUAAAGAACAAUCAUACAUUUAGGCACAAAUAUAUUGUACAUGACAGUCAA